UAGCACCACUCACCAAAACAGAGUUUGUGAGCGUGUCACUGUGUGAGAGACGACCCGAGCCGGACCCAGGAUGCCUGCGUACUCCACCAACAUGAGGCUGAAGUUCCCCAUCCUGGCCCUGGUGCUGGAAGUUAUCACCAUCAUACUGUUUGGCGUGUUUGCGGUCUAUGACGACGGCAAAGGGCACGGGCACGAUGCACCCUCCAAUCAGACCCACGGAGACGACAACCCCAUGGAACUCUAUCCCAUGUUUCAGGAUGUGCACGUCAUGAUCUUCAUCGGCUUCGGGUUCCUCAUGACCUUCCUCAAGAGGUACGGCUUCAGCAGCGUGGGCGUCAACUUGCUCCUGGCAGCCUUCGGCCUGCAGUGGGGCCUUCUCAUGCAGGGCAUCUGGCAUCUGGAUGACGGGAAGAUCAAAGUCAACAUCUUCAAAAUAAUCAACGCAGAUUUCAGCACAGCUACGGUCUUGAUUUCGUUCGGGGCCGUUCUGGGUAAAACGAGCCCCGUGCAGCUUCUCAUCAUGACUAUUCUGGAGAUCACCAUCUUCUCGGUCAAUGAACACCUGGUGGCCAACAUACUGGAAGCCAAUGACGUUGGGGCGUCCAUGAUCAUUCACGCCUUCGGAGCCUACUUUGGACUGGCAGUAGCUCGAGUACUUUACCGACCGGCUUUAAGAAAUGGACACGAGAAUGACGGAUCCGUUUAUCACUCGGAUCUGUUCGCCAUGAUUGGAACCGUCUUCCUGUGGAUGUUCUGGCCCAGUUUUAACUCUGCCAUAGCGGAAGCUGGCUUGGUUCAGCUCACUGCAGUCAUCAACACCUACCUGUCCCUGGCUGCCUGUGUGCUCUCUGCCUACGCCAUAUCCAGCCUAGUGGAGCAUAAAGGAAAACUGGACAUGGUGCACAUUCAGAACGCUACCUUGGCCGGUGGUGUCGCUGUGGGGACCUGUGCUGACAUGAACAUCGGGCCAGUGGGAGCCAUGUUGAUUGGAUUCGUCGCUGGCAUCAUCUCUACCCUCGGAUUCAAGUACCUAAGUCCCAUCCUGGCAUCCAAGAUGGGGAUCCAAGAUACCUGUGGAGUCCACAAUCUGCAUGGCAUGCCUGGCAUCCUGGGCGGUUUGGCUGGUAUUGUGGCUGUGGCUAUGGGGAAGAAAAGCAACGGUAACGCUGCGAUGCAAGCUGCUGCAUUGGGUUCAUCUCUUGGGUUCGCCCUGAUUGGAGGUGCUCUUACAGGUUUAAUAAUGAAGCUGCCGAUCUGGGGACAGCCUCCAGACCAGAACUGCUUCGAUGACGCUGUUUACUGGGAGGUUCCCGAGGAAGAGGAGGAGAAUGAAGAGAGCUUGGCUCAUGCUGACCACUCAAAGAACAAAACACAAGAGGCCUAGAAGAGGCUUAGCCCAUUAUCCACUGAGCUCAAAAGCCUUAAUUAGCCACACCAGAUAUGUCACCUUUCCAGUUAUGUUAAUGUGAUAGUACAAACUAACUUUUGUGCAUUAUCUUUGGUCAAAUUUGAGGGAGAUUGGUUUGAUUACACAUUAGAAACUGAGCACAUACACAAUUGGUUUACUUUGAAAUUUCAUAUAACGACUAAAUCCAUCUACACUGAGGGCAAUUUUUAUAAACCUUGUGAACACAACUAGAGAUCUUCAAGAAUCUGUCUUGGGCCACUGGAGAAUGAAGCCUGCUUCUACUGCUGACACACUACUGGGUGUGUUUGCGUUUCUUUAGGUCAUUUUAUAUUACAAAAAGCAUGUUUUGAGAUAUUAGUAUAGUGCAUAUAUUUUCAUACCUUAUUUUAUAUUUUUAUACAUCUGACCUUUCAAACAACCUUUGUUUCGUUCUUCUGCUUAAUGUCACCUGACUGGAGCCCGGUCACUGAGUCAGACUGCACGGUCCCCGUGGGGUGGCUCUGACAUGGGCAGGGAUGGUCGAGCUAUACUCUCAAAAACUAGCAAGUUUUCUAAUGAUUUCGAGAAUUUUCAAUCUGACAGCAGCUUACAAUUUCUUUAAAGCAGUGAAGCUCACAUUCAGAGCUGUGUAUUUCAUAUUUAAUAUUAGCUGGGGCAGGCUAAGGCUUGUUGUUGAUUUCUUUUGAUAGUAAAUUUACCCACAGUUGACAUGGUCAGUUUUAUCAAAGCCCUAGGGCGGCAAAAAAAGAGAGAAACCGGUACUGAACCUGAUUUGGAUAUUUUAAUGAAAUGCAUCUGCUUUUGUUUUUUUUUCCUACUUUGUGUGUCACGCUUUUUUGUUAGGAGAUGGAGUUUUACUAUUAUGGGGGGAUCUGAUCUUUGCAUGGCAUCAGGUUUGAAGGCUAAAGAAACUAAUCUACAACCGCAGGGCUCGAUUAAACUGACUGCAUCUAGAAUUAUUAAGUAUUUUGUUUUGUUAAAUGAUUUUUAUACAGUGGGCACAAGACAUGCUUUUAUUUGUAUAAUGUACUAAUACUGUCAUAAUAAAUAUGUUUUUGUACAAUA